UGACAGGAGGCGGGGCAGGACCCGACAGAGGUUAAAUAGGUCACAUCCAUGCUUGGCUCUCAGCCUGUCUCCCCAGAGCAGAGACCCUCUCCUGGACUCCGGCACCAUGACUCCACUGAAGAUGCUGUUCCUGGUCGCCCUGCUCCUGGGGGCUUCUCUGCAGGUUACCCAUGCAGCGCGAGCCACGAACGUGGGCCAGGAGUGCUGCCUGGAGCACUUCAGGGGAGCCAUUCCCGUGAAAAAGCUGACGGCCUGGUACCGGACCUCAAGGGAUUGUCCCAGGGACUCCGUCGUGUUCGUCACCGUCCAGGGCAGGUCCAUCUGUUCGGACCCCAAGGACACAAGGGUGCAGAAGGUGAUGAGACUCUUGCAGCGCAUCCUGAAGUUGCGUGGCCGCACUCAGGAGACCCAGGAGUCCUGA